AUGGCCAACCCGACUACUUAUGAAAUUACUAUCCUUAAUGAGAGCGGGAGCUCUCAUGCCUACUUUCUCUUCGCUGAGACACCUCAGGUGUCUAACUCCCCUAGUGUUUUUCAAAACAUCUGGAUGGCUGCUCCCCCGAUUGUCUCGCGGAGCGAUGGGUCGAGCCAAAUGAAGUUCACUAUAAAUACUCAGUAUUACGCCGUUUGCGGCACUUCUGUCCAGCCACUUGGCUCCAAUGUGGCUAUUGCCACGAGUGAUUAUGAGAGUGUUCAGUUGGGCGCAGAAGACCAACCAGGAACAACCCUUAACUUUACAACUAUAGGCGGGGCCAACUUCCCCGAGCCACUGCCAACUCCAACUGGCCCCGAUGGUGGAUUUACUAUCCAGGCGGAUAGAAGCUGGUCUGAGCCUGACCCGAACAAUACCUUUAUCGGUUUAGGCGGGCAGGACAUGCAUGGCAAUGUGGUCCCUGUUGCAUCCGUGCCUGUUUCGCCGGGGAUUACCUACAACAUGUUCCCGGUGGUUAAAUUCUACGUCUCCUAUGGGAGCUUUGUAGAGGGUCAGAUUCUCGACGUUGAAGAACUUGGCCCAACUCUGGAGGUCAACUUUACUCAGGCUGAGUAUAACACGGUCACCUACAUCCACAAUAACUUGGAUGAAUACCAGCAAGUGGCGCCAUCCGAAGCCAGGGGCAUCAAGCUGAAGUCACUGGCUGCGAAAAAAGCUGCCUUCCUUGGGGAGGUGGAGGUUCCAGCAGCAGGAAAAAUGCGGGGGCAAAAUCAUACGGUAAACGGCUUAAUGAAGGAAGAUCGGCUGGCCAAGGACCUGCAGAGGACUUUGGCUAAGAUGGUGCGCAGUGCAAAUGGCGUUGCUUGA